AUGAAGUUCAGUUUCGCUCACCCCGCCUUGCCUUUCCUGGCUUGGCUCCUUUUUGUCACCACCAUCUCAACCACAACUGUGGAAUAUUAUUCGCACGAUACACACCUUUCUCUAAGAUCCCCCCCAUUUGGUUCUUCUUCGUUCCAACCUGUCUAUUACGAUCCUCCUGUCUUAGAGCUUGAACAACCCACAGAACCACCACCCCAAAACGCCACUGUUCAAAGAUGCCACGCCCAAGAGCUAUCCCAGGGCAACGCCUUAUGGAUGCUGCUCAUCCUAGGUGUAGGCUGCGUCGUCCACAUGCCGGGCUCCCUAACUUGGCUCGGCCAUAAAGGCCUCUACCGCCUGGUCCCCGAGUUCGGAAUCAUGGAAGCCGUCGCCCUCUUCAUCCUGGUGCUAAAAGGCAUAUUCUACCACCACCAGAGCAUCCGUCGCUCUAUCCGAGCAUCUCUCGCCCUGCGUAAUGCACUCGGCGAAGGAGAGAGCUGGUGGCUAGUGGACGCCCCAUCAAACGCCGCACCAAUCACCACAGAAAGCUUCAACGUAGCCCUCAACGACCAAGAAAUGCACCUGGCGCGUCUAAACAUGACCCCACAAGAGGCCUUAGAACACCUCGACCCCUUCCUCACCUCCCUCCGCGACUUCAACGUCUCCCGCCUCCUCGGCUCCAUCCUCACAACCCUCACCCUCGUCAAAGCAUCCGCCGCCACGGGCACCAUUCGCACAACCGUGCUAGCAUGCAGCUACUACUUAUCCUUCUUCAUCAUCGACGCCCUCGCCUGGCUCUGCCUCUCCCCCGGCCCGCCCCCCUCGAAAGGCGAGCGCGAACGUGAAGCCUACGCCGUAGCCCGCCUCAUGGCCGCGCUCGACCCCUUCCGCGAAGCCCUCCAGCAAAAAAGCACCUCCAUCAGCAAUCCCGGCCCCUGGCGGCGCCUGGACAACCAGGCCUAUGAAGAGUACAUCGCCGCGUACGGCACGACCUUCAGCAUCCAAGGCUGGCCAGAGCCGUGGACGAGCUGGCCACGCAUCGCGCGCACGGUGUUCGUAACAACGGCCCUCGUAGCCGCCGCUAUCGCGGUGCUCAUCUCGACAUUCUGGCCCGUCUCGGUGCCGAUAUUCCUCGUAUUUAACUUCUCCGCUAUCCAGAAGGGGAAGUGGACGUUUAUCUAUCUGAACUCGCUGAUAUGGCUCUUUUGGGUGGGGGUUGCUAGUGCGCUGUUUCUUUGUUCCACCUUCCUGGUCUCGAAGGUGCGCAGCAAGACGUUUAGCGAGGUGGUUGCGGAGAUGAAUGAGAAGUUUGUGCCGCGGAGCUGGGCAGGUUUGAACUUCGCGCUGGCGGGGUAUGGGAUGUUGAAGGUGGCGUUGAUUGUGAGGUUGUAUUUUCAUGAUUACUCGGGCGCGAAUACGAUGAAACCUGGGUGGGUGGAUUGGUUGGGGUAGAUGCAGCAUUCUCCUAGUAUACAUCCAAUACAAUCAUACGCUCACGUAUAGCACGAUACGAUAUAACGAUUUUACAGUUUAAUUCAAUUCAAAGAUUAAAAUCUACCCCCAAAUUUUAUCUUUCUGUUUCUCAACGCCCAUUUCUCCGAGUUACCCACUCGAGCUCGAGCGCUCUCGGUCCAGUGUAUCCUGCAUAAAGAGGGGGUAUACGAGCCGGGUCAACCAGCCAGCUCGUCCGCAUACGUCGUUAACCUUCGUAAAGAGUGCCAGACCACACAUUAAUUCAUCCC